AUGGCGAGUGAAAACGUCCAAAUCACCAACACGAUCAAAGAGAUCUCUCUGGGGAGCGAUACCGAGCACCGCAAGUUGGUGAAACUACCACAGGCAUUAAUACCGUACCGACUGGCGAUAUGUUCAUAUGGAGCAGCAAUGAUAGCAACUACAGUGGGGUUUCCAUUAGAUUCAGUUAAAACUCGGUUACAGACACAUAAAUUCAAAAGUGCAUGGCAAUGUAUAGUAGAUACAGAACGGCAUGAAGGAAUUCGAGGAUUCUACAGAGGAUUAACAGCUCCAUUACUGUCGUCCAGCGCAGUGCGGUCAAUUAGCAUUACUAUUUAUUCUAAAUGUGUUCCAAUACUGUCCAACAUGUGCUUCUCACUAUACUCAGCACCGAAAUCCAAGGAUACCAUGGCAGCCACCAUUGACUGGAUGCUGCGAACAAGUCCCAUUACAUUCGGAGCCGGAGCUAUUGCUGGAUCAGUGUGUUCAAUCAUCUCCUGUCCCUUCGAAUUCACGAAACUGGCUUCACAAAUCGAAGUCCUCGUCCGACGCAACCAACUGGCCACACUGGCGACCUCCACCACCACUUCACAAACCCAGCUACAUACACCGGUCGAACCCGCCAAACUGAAACCAAAAGGGUCCUUCGAAGUAGCCAGCGAACUCAUCAAAAAAGGCGGCGUCGCAUCACUCUACGGAGGCUACCGCUACCAUAUCUGUAAGUAA